AUGAUUCGACGACAAUAUAUUUUAAUUGUUCUCUUUACGACUUUAUUUCAAAUAUUUUUUUCAACAACAAAUACUCUUGCAAUAAAUAAAACAAAUUCUAAACAAUGGUUAUCAUCAGCAACAACAACAACCUAUUCAACAAAUAAAUGUGAAUCAGCAUCCAUUGAUGAAUUUCCACCAUUAUUUUUUACAAAUGAACAACGUCGUCGUGGUGGUGUUCUUGUUUAUAUAGUUCUUAUAUUAUAUUCAUUUGCAGCCAUUGAAAUUGUUUGUGAUGAUUACUUUGCAUCAGCAUUAGAAAGAAUAAGUUGCAAUUUUAAUUUAACACCAGAUGUUGCUGGUGCAACUUUCAUGGCUUUGGCAACAUCAGCUUCAGAAUUUUUUACGUCAAUCGUUGGAGUUUUUUUUGUUAAAUCGGAUAUUGCUUUGGGUACUAUUGUCGGUUCAGCUGUUUUCAAUAUUCUUUUUGUCAUUGCAUUAUGUGCACUUAUUUCGACAACUGUAUGUGAACUUGAUGCAUAUCCUAUUGUACGAGAUGCAGGUUUUUAUUGUAUUGCUGUUGCUGUUCUUUAUAUAAUUAUCUAUGAUCAACGUGUAUUUUGGUAUGAAGCAUUUGCAUUAGUUUUACUCUAUUUUGUUUAUGUGGCUAUUUUAAAAUUUAAUGAUCGUUUAUCACGUCUUAUACGUGGUAAUUCAUCAAAUCAAAAAGCAUCUACAUUAAAUGAAAAUCCUCAAGAACAAUUACAAGCAUUAAAUAAUACUGUUGAAUUAGAAGAAAAUUUAACAACACGUGGUCGAUCAGUUUCAGAAUCAAUUAUGAUGAGUACAGGAACACAUACAGUAGGAAGUUCUGGUGAUGAUAAUAGAAAACGACGUACACCUUAUAAACCAAGUAAAAAACGUCUUAAAGAUACACCUGAUAAUCAACAAAUCGUUGCUAAUGCAACAGAAAUAUUUGAUCCAUUGAAAUUACCAAUAAAAAAAUAUAAAAUAUUAAAAUGGUUUUUGAUGUAUCCGGUUCGUUUACUUAUGCAUAUAACAAUACCUGAUUGUCGAAAAGAAGUUUUUCAUAAUUAUUAUAUGCUUACAUUUGUCAUGUCAACGAUUUGGGUUGCUGGUCUUGCUUAUCUUCUUGUAUGGCUUGUAGUUAUUGUUGGUUUUACUUUACAUAUUCCGGAUAGUAUUAUGGGUUUAACUGUAUUAGCAUUUGGUUCAUCAAUAGAAGAAAUUUUUUCAGCUAUUGUUAUGACACGACGUGGUCAUCCUGAAAUGGCUAUUGCAGGUUCAAUUGGUUCAAAUGUAUUUGAUAUUCUUAUGGGUUUAGGUAUACCAUGGUUAUUUCGAAAUUUAAUGCGUUUUACUCAUCAACCACCAUCACUUGAAACAGCAUCAAUAAUUAGAGAUUCAUCAUUAGCAGUAUUAUCACCAAGUGCUUCGAAUUCUAUUGCGGCUUUAAAUGAUGAUAUAUUAACAUCAUCAAGUAGUAAUGAACCAUUUUUUGUUGAAAUAUAUUCACGAGGUUUAGUAUAUUCAACAAUUGUUUUGUUCAUUGCACUUAUUACAUUUCUUAUAACAUUCUUUGUCAAUCGAUGUCGUUUAACAAAAUUUUACGGUGUUUUUCUUAUUGUUGUUUGGUUAUCUGUCAUAACUCUAAUGUGCCUAUUUGAAUUGAAUAUUUUCGGCGCCCUCCAUCCUGAACCAUGUCGAAAUAGACCCAUUAGUACUGUUUAG